AUGGUGUCCCACGAGCGGUUGAUCCACACAUGCAGCGCAAUCGCCGUGCCGCACACCACGGCGCCCGCGGCGCCUGCUGCCGAUGCGCUGCCCGGCCCCGCGCGGCGCGGCGGCAGCGGCGGCGGCGGGGCGGACAGCAGGGAUGUGCAUCAAGCUGGGAACUUAGUGGAUGGCGGCGCGGGGGCCGCUGAGCUGGCGGAGGGCGGGGUGCUGGGGGUGGUGCUGCUGCAGCUGGGGAUUGGGCCUGUAAGGGCGCAGCAGCUGUGGGAGCGCGCGCUCAACACGUGGAGCAAGGGGCCAAAGGCGGCGCUGGUGUGGAGGCACAUCCUGCCAGUUGGGGCGGACGCCGCUGCAGCUGCCGAGCAGCUGCUGCGCGACGGCGACGGGCCGCGGUUUGCGACGGAACAUGAGGAGGCACAGCACUACAGCCUCUUGGGCUGCUUCCAAGAGCUGCCGUCCCUGACAGCCUCGCUGCUCGGGGACGGCCCUCCCCCCGCGGCCGGCCCCCCCGACGUCGAAGGCGACGGCGGCGCCGACGGCGGCCCGGGCGGCGCGGCGCCGCGCGGCGGCAGCAGCAUCGCAGAUCUGCCCGACGAGGCGCUGUCCGCUGUGCUCUCCCGGCUGCCGCCGCGCGACCUGGCGCGCGCCGCCGCGGCGUGCCGGCUGCUGCGGCGCCUGGACUGCGGGGCGGUGCCGGGGCUGAAGCUGACGCUGUAUCCCCACCAGCGCCGCGCGCUGCGCUGGAUGGCCGCGCGCGAGGCGCCCGGCGCGGGGGCACCUCACCCCUUUGUUCGCCGCCUCGUCACCUCCAGCGGCCUGCGCCUCUUCGUAAACCAGGUGACAGGGGAGCUGUCUGUGGACUCGCCGCCGCAGAUGAGCGACGUACGGGGCGGCUUCUUUUGCGAUGAGCCGUGA